AUGGCGAUGGGUUCAGCACGCCAUGCUACAAGGUCAUUUCGGGAGGCGUUCAAGAAAUCGAUGACGGUCCAUUCGCCUCUGCUGACGUCAACUAGUUCUGGGAUGGUUCUGGAUCUUUCGCCAGGGCUUGACCCGAAUACCGUUAGCUCCAAGCUUCGAGGAGAAGGAGGUGGAGGUAUUUCUGGCUUUGGUGGUGGCGAUGCGACGGUAGAUAUGAGUAGGGUUGGUAGGGCAGAAGUCGGGUUAGCUCUUAGCGUUGACAGCAAACAACAUCAUCAUCACCUACAGGCGUCGAGCAGCAGGAAGAGGUCGCAGGAUGAGAUGAUGGAGGAUCUAGAUCAUGACGGUAAUGUCGAUGUUGGUGACGGUGGUGUCAACUCGGAACCGAUGGACACUGCAUCCGACAGCAGCAACUCGCGACCAGAUUCACCCACGGCGUAUCACAAGCAACAGAAGAAGGGCGACAGUAGCAGUGGUCAAGGCUUUGACGCGACGGCGACCUCGAACGGACUAUCGGCACUAUUAGUUGUCGACGCGGAUUCACUCCCACCAUCCAAGAAGAAGACAACUGUCUCACGGUCGCGGUCGUCGUCAUCUCUGGCCACCACUUCCGUGUCGGGGCCUGAUCCUCUAGACAGAGUCAUCACGACGCAGGACAUUUCUGCAAUUACGGCAUCGAUGGGCGCUCUGACGCCGCUCGAAAUCCAGAGGCGACUGUAUGCUCAUCAGGAGAAACAACAGAAGCUACGGAAACGCCGGCUACUCUUCCACCUCCACCAACAACAACAACAACAACAACAACAACAACAGCAACAACAACAGCAACAACAACACUUUCUUCACCAACAGCAGCAGCAACAACAGCACCAUUUUCCAAACUUUCACCCAAUGCUGACGGCGAUAGGUGAUUCGGGUCAAGUCCAGACACCGACAACUCGGCAGCAGUACCGUGGGAUAGUUGCAGGAAACCAUAAUAGGACUGUCGAUCCCACCAGUCGGAAGACAUCGACUAGGACGAUGGCUACUGGGAACAUGACUAAUCCAUAUCAGCAACAGCCAUAUCCUCCAUAUCUUUAUACUCGCCAUCCUCAGGGUCAUCCGACACAGUCUCAUACUCAAGGUCCUCUACCGGUCCAACAUCCUUCCCCUCUUUCAACUUCAGCGGCAGCAACGACUUCAGCAUCCAUGCCAAACCCUUUGCAUCCUUAUCAUCCACAGCACCAACAACAACAACAACAACAACAACAGCAGCAGCUUCCGUCAUGCUACUACCUCCCUCCAAGCGCGUUCAGGACCAUUUCGGCAGUGACCGCAGAAGAGCAAUUGGAAGCCGAGCGGAAACGGAAGGAAUUCCUCCACCUCGCCGCGAAAGCAACAACUAUCGAUGGAGAAGAACAGACCAAGGAAAGGAAGGCAAAUCAAGAAUUGGAGGAAGAGAAGAAGAAGAAGGAAAAGGUGGAAGUGGAGGAAGGGGAAGAGUUCUUGAUCUUUCCAUAUCCAAGUCUUCCUUAA